GUUAGAGGGCACAGCGCUGCUCUUGUUUUAUCCAAAACAUUGAGGGACUUUUAUUUUACGUCACUUGAUCCGGAAGUGAACUUUCUUGAGUCGGAGUAUUCGCACGUUGAAAGUAAGCAUGGCUCCAGGUGGGAAAAUCAAUAGACCGAAAACAGAACUAGGGAAGAAUCUUUUCAAGAGGAGGAGGGUUCUGACAAAGCAGAAGAGGAAGAAGCAUCGCAUUGUUGGAGCGGUGGUGGAUGAAGGUCUUAUAACCAAACACCACCUGAAAAAGAGAAGCACGAGCGCCAGAGCGAACAUCACCCUGUCUGGGAAGAAAAGACGAAAACUGCUGAAACAACUGCGCCACAUGGAGAAAGAGAGGGAAGGCAUGGACGUGGAAGAAGCACCAAAGAAGAAACCGACUCCUGCGGCCAAAAGAAGAAGACGACGACAAGUGAUGUAGAGAUGAUCGAUACGGAGUAAACGAUCUACACUGAAUGGACAAAGUGUGGACACCUGAACAUAUGUGCUUUGUGAACAUCCCAUUUGUUGUUAUAAUAACCUCCACCCUUUUUAGAGGAUGUUCCGUUGUUUUCAUUUUUUUGGAAAUCCGUGCUUAUUCAGCUAUAAGGGUAGAGGUGAGGAGGCCUGGGGUGCAGUCAGCGAAAUGAUUCUUUAGAGUUCGUCAUUCCGGGUCAGUUUCGGGUCUCCUGGUUCAAGUGAAUUGCAAAUUUAAUGUCACCACAUUCAUUCUAUACAAUCGUGUGAAACCACAUGUAGCAUAUGGAAAAGUCAGGUGUCCCAAUACUUUUGUCCAAAUAGUGUAUAUAUUGUUGUUAAAUCUGCUAUUUUUGUACAUUUAGACUGUACAGGAUCUAAACAGCAGGCUACAAGAUUUCCAUAAUCACAUUUGAGCUGGAUUUUUGAGAUGAACGUCAUCACAGUGUACUGAUAAAGCAACACCAUAGAGCGACGUGAAGCAGAACAAAAAGUGACAUUUAGAGAUGAAUGGAUCCGUGGACGAUCUCACCAGACCAACAUUUUUAUGAAAAUAUUUCAUUGUUUGAAGUUUCAUGAGAUUCACGCUUUGUUUUCUGAUCGAGUCUCUUUGAUCUUCUUCGGUUUUGUGAACGACAAUAAAAUUCACCGUCAUGUUCA